AUGGCGGCGUCCUUAGAUGAUGAUUUUGAGUCUAACAAUCAGGACUACUACUCUCUACUCAACGUCAGGAAGGAGGUAAGGUUUAUUCAGACACCAAUUGAAACCGAAACGUUACUGACCUGUCGCUGUGAGUGUCUGCGGUGGAUAGUCGGUGCAUCAUAACGGUCUUCUUCAUCUGUACCAUCAUCAUCAUCCGUGCAGGUGAACCGGCUGAUGCUGCAGAGGAACGAACUAACAGGACAUUACAGGACUUUUUGUUACUCAUGCAGGCAUCAAAGGCAAAUUAACCUUAGAACGCUAUCGCUAAGAUUAGUAACACCAUCACCGUCUGUGCAAUGUCCAAAGAGGGAAAAGUGCCAUGAGGGGACUAUAUAAAACAUGCAACAAAAUAACUGAAAUUAAAAAAAAUUAUUCUAUCUAUCUAUCUAUCUAUCUAUCUAUCUAUCUAUCUAUCUAUAUAUAUAUAUAUAUAUAUAUAUAUAUAUAUGUAUAUAUAACUGUAAACUUAGUUUCUUUUCCACCCAUUCCUGGGGUAUGUGAAUCUUCCCUGGUGAAGACUCAGGGUACUUGGCACAAUAACAGCUGCAGGAGAGAGAACCAAAAUAUGGCAUAUUUUGAGUGGGUAAAAAUGACCAGCUGACUAAAAUAUUUCUUAUCACCUUAUUGAAAAUCACUUUUUUAUAAUAGCUAUUAAUAACCACUGUGCUAAACCUACACUGAGGAAGGUGGGGACUAUUCUAAAGAACAUGGCUCUGGUUUUUAUUUGGGCAUCGAUGAACACUUCCUGACCCAUAGCUACAUUAACUCGGACUGUAAUACAAGUUCAGCAUUAUUUGAAGUUUUCGUUUCAUUCCGAUGAAAGAAAUGUUGUUUUCUUCCGUAAUAGCAGUGUUCUGCUGUAGCUAUCAUUUAAGCUAUUUAUCUUCUGUUAUUUUGAUAAUCUGCUUUUUCAUGCAAAAAGUCACAAAUUUGAUGAUUUCUCAUGUUGUCGCAGGCUACAUUAGAGGAGCUGAAGGCAUCUUAUCGGAGGCUGUGUAUGCUCUACCAUCCUGACAAACAUCGAGACCCUGAGCUGAAAAGUCAGGCUGAACAGCUGUUUAACCAGGUGCACCAGGCUUAUGAAGGCAAGGACUAUACACCCAUUGGAAACAACAUAUAAUUCAGUUGGGGAGUCACCUUGAAAUUUACAGUUCAAAAGUAGUAAUAUAUUCAGUAGCAAAGCUUGAAAAAACACACAAAACUCAAUAAAGAACCAAGACACAAUGCAAAAGAUUUCCACCAUUUAAGCCUUUCUCACCAUCUUACUUUCAGUGCUGAGUGAUGAACACUCCAGAGCCAUCUAUGACAUCUUUGGGAAGAAAGGACUGGAGGUGGAAGGCUGGGAGGCAUGUAUUCUUUCUGUAUGUUUCCUAACUUAUAAUUAUAGUAAAGACUUGUCCUUAUUCAACUUUUUUUUUUGAUGUCGUGUAGGUGGUGGAAAGAAAGAGAACACCAGCAGAAAUUCGGGAGGAGUAUGAAAGGCUUCAGAGAGAAAGAGAAGAUAGGAGACUGCAGCAAAGAACUAACCCUAAGGUUGUCUUAGUCACAAUGUUUUACAUUUCCUUAUCAAUGCCUCUACUUUCAUUUAAUUUCUGUGGUGGGCCACCUACAGUAUUUGUGCAGAUAUUACUGAAUACACUGUGCCUUGAAACUCAGUUUAGACUGUUGGAUGGUGUCCACACCCGUUUUAUAAAGUCCCCCUUCUUAUUUCUUCUAAAUGAGUGAAUUGUGCCAAUCUACAUCUUUCACUCCCUCAUUACUCAGGGCACCAUCAGCGUGGGUGUGGAUGCAACAGACCUUUUUGACCGUUACGAUGAGGACUUUGAAGAGAUGCCUGGAGGAGGGUUUCCUCAUAUUGAAAUCAACAAGAUGCACAUUUCUCAGUCCAUAGAGGUACAAGAAGAAAAUACUUAUACUCUUCAUUGUCUUGAAUUUUUGGCUACGCGGCUGCUUAUCUCACUGCAGUAUUCCUUGUAAUUUCUUUAUUUUUUUCUAAUUUUCAGGCUCCUUUGACAAACUCUGACACAGCUGUUCUGUCAGGUUCACUGUCUACACAUAAUGGAAAUGGGGGAGGCAGCAUUAACAUGACUGUACGAAGGGUUACGUCGGCCAAGGGCUGGGGAGAGGUAUGCAUGUCUGCAAAAAUGUAAAAUACAUGGAAAAAUCAAUACACUGAAAAUUAUGUAAAUGUCAGUUUUUACCAGCAGUCACUUUUUUUUGUCUGUGCAGUUGGAGCUUGGGGCAGGAGACAUACUCGGUCCUCUCAUUGGGUUGAAGAUAUUUCGCAACCUUACUCCACGCUGGUAAGGAUGCACUCAUUGCUAAACUUUUUAAAACCAAACUGUACGACCACACGAAAAACUUACAGUGUUCCCUUUUUCCCUUUCGUUUUUCUGUCCAGUUUCCUGACAGCUCAGUGUGGUUUGCAGUUCUCACCUCGAGGCUUGCGUCCAAGCUGUUCUCUGAUGACAGCACGCCACCUGGACCAAAACACCAUGGGAUAUCUACAGUGGCGCUGGGGCCCCAACAGUGCCAUGACAACUAGCGUGGUCAGAGACACAAAGAGCAGCCACUUUACCCUUGCACUGCAGGUACGGUUUAGCAUGUGCACAUGCUAUACAAACCUGCUGUCACUGAAGUAAAUAAUUUAUGGAAUUUCCCCCUGUGGGACUAAAGGAAUAUCUUUUUACCAACUUAACUCUGAGAUUUGUUGCAUCCUGUAUAAGUUAUUUCCAAACAUUUUCAGUUGGGUGUGCCUCACUCCUACUUGAUGCUGAGCUACCAGUACAAGUUUCAGGAUGAAGACCAGACCAAAGUCAAAGGCUCUGUCAAGUAUGUCCUUUUGUUAUAUCUUAAAAUUAAUGAAAUCCCUGGCUGACACUGCAGUUUCUUUAUUAAAGUACUCAAAAAAGUAUUUUUAUACCAGAUGUAAACAAUGCCUGCUAUACAGUUACUGAAGGAAGAUUAAGAUUGUUUGGGUCUAAAAAGAGAAAUGUGAAAGAAAUGUCACGCCGUGUGCCUUUUCCUUUGCAGCAUAAUCACAAGAAAAUUAUUCUAUCUCCAAAUCCUUGUUAAGAUAGAAUAUAUUGCUUUGUGAUCACCAGUAAGCAAACAUUUAGAAACAGCCUUAACGCCCUUAGUUUAAAUUUUGAUUAACAGGAACAAUGCGAAUUAACACUUAUUCUAAAAGAAAGGAAAAGUUGGUUGCAUGAGAUUUAGCAAGUAGAUCCACAUUAUAGUGACACAAGACAUGCAAAAACAACUCAAGAAAAGUACACACACAAAAAAAUAUGACGACAACAACAUACAUAAACUACACUGUCAGACACACCAUUGAUGACAAUCAGUGUAUCCUGCUUGGAAAAAAAUAUAGAAAAGAUGAUAAAAUAUACAAUAAAUGCACUUUUUAAAGCAAUUAGUGACAGGUUCAGGAGUCUUACACAAUAACAUACCACAGGUAAAAAGUACAUGAUACAGGGCUCAGUAAUAGCUACAUUUUGAAGGUGCCAAGAUGCUGCAAAGUGCUCAUUUUGGAAACAUUUUGAGUAUAUGCGGCAUAGAGGAAAGUAUCAAACUAAAUCAGUUGUACAUAUUAGUCAAACUUUUUUCGCAUUUUAUCAUAUCUAAAAUGUGUACAGUUCACACAAAGAAUUGAAAAAGCUCAUGAAAAGAGGCUUCAUACACUUACACAACAUAUUUUGAAAUUUUAGGAAAAAGUCACAGAAACCAGCAGAAAUGUGUGUAAAAGAAUUUUUUAUAAGUUGAGAAACUUCAUCCUGUUGUUCUUUGACAAUGAAAUUCAUCACUCAGUGUGAGUAUUUGCUGAAUAUUUGUUUUUAAAUUUCUCCACAUUGAAGCGAUCUUGUUGCUUAGGGUCUUGUUUGCUCUUGGAGGUCAUAAAGAGGCAUCAGUGUCUGUUUCUCAACAAACAAAAAAUCCUUGCAGUGCCCUUAAAGAAAAUAUUAAAGUUGAAACAAAGAGGUGUUAGCGUCCAAAGAAUCUCAAAUCACUUUGAAUACAGAAUAAAAUAAUUUGUCCAAACCAAACUGUCUUACAAUGAUAGUCUCUGCUUCAUUCAUGUCGUUCCCUCUCCAGGACGGGAUGGUUCGGCACUGUGGUGGAAUAUGGAGCAGAGAGGAAGAUCAGUCGACACAGUGUUUUGUCAGGGACUGUCAGCGUUGGGGUCCCACAGGGAGUCACACUCAAGAUCAAGUACUGACCAAACCCAAAAUAUGAGCUUGUUCCUCUGUUGGUCUUUGCCUCACUGCAUAAUUAUCUAAUGUAUGUGUAUAUUUGUGCCGUUGUUUUAACACAGGCUGUCGCGUGCCAGUCAGACCUACCUGUUUCCGAUCCACCUAACAGAUCAGCUGCUGCCCAGUGCUGUUUUCUAUGCCACUGUGGGACCUCUGCUGAUCUACAUGGCCGUCCACAGACUAAUCAUCAUCCCGUACACGCGAGCACAGAAAGAGGAGUAAGUGCACAUCCGUUUUUCAUCAUAGUUUCUUCUAAAUUCUUUCCCAAUAAAUGUCUUGUUGAUCAAAUUAGGACUACCAUAACUUCCUCUGUUCGAUUGUUUUUAUUCAUAUAAAGUUUAAUGUUUAUCUGACACUAAAUCGGGUUGUACUUUUCCACAUUGACGCCAUCAUCAAAACAGUCAAACAGUGACUUAGUGUGUUAACUGAUGAUGUCCUCUUCAUGUGUCACUGUGCUUGUCAGAGAGCUGGAGCUACAAAGAAAGAGCUCAGCCACAGACAUCGCCAAGAAGAAGCAGGAGGCCGAGUCAGCUGUGAGUACUCACAUUUACAUGCAGAGAUGCAGAAAAUUCAUUGGGUAUAGUGGAUCAUUGAUCAUUCUCUCCAGGUUCAGCUCCACUCGUCUUAAAAAAUACUCUCUUCUAUCCUUUUCUGUGUUGUUCUCUUUCACCCUCUCUCCCUCCUCCUCUUCUUUCUGCUCCUCUUCCUCCCUUGGCUCCUUUGCAGGUUCUGCUGAUGCAGGAGUCUGUGAGAAGAAUCAUAGAAGCCGAAGAAUCCAAGAUGGGUGAGAGAACGAACACACACACACAUGCACACACACACACACAGAAAUUACACCAGGGUGGGAAACGAAGGAUUUUUUUUUUCUUUUUUAGCUUGCAGACAGCCAAAAAAUCGAGAGAGGAGUUCGAACACAAACCUCAUGUCUGCUUUCAACAACUAAAAAAAAAUCAAUUUAAUGCUGUGCAGCAGGUGAUGGUGAACGUGCCUACCUCUAUUCUGCUCCUUUACACACCACUGGUCCUGAUGAAACUCUGAAUUAACAUGUGUCCUAAGUGAUCAGAUCACAAGUUGACAGCCAAAGGGUGCAUUUAGGACACACUGUGAUCAAGAGGCAUGUUGGUAGCAGCUAUAAACAGAUCGUCUUCUCAUGUGUCCUGGGCCAGGCUGAAGGCCCACCUGCUCUUCAUGAACACAGUGAUGUUGUGUAGCAGACAGCUUGUUCGUUCCUUUUGUCUGAUUUGAUAGAUGUAUAGAGUUUAAUUGAGGCUGUGAUUGAAAUACAGAUCAUAAAAGUUUCAGUACUGGGAUGAUGUUCAUCUGUCAUCAAGGACAUUGAUAGAGGAGUAUACGUAACACAGAUCUCUUGUCUCUUUGUACUUUUUAAAAGCAAGACUCCAGUUUGCAGUGUAGUUAAUACACUCAGUGGUAAACCACACAACUGUUGAGGAACAUUAGGUGUCAAGACCUGACAGUUUUUUAGACACGUGGAUACAUCUGUCAGUAAAAAACACACUCCUUUCUCCUUUUCUUUCUUUGAUUACAUCUCAUCGGUUGGUGCUUUUUAAAGCCAAUGAAAGUGUUUGAGGCACACGGAGCAAGAACUUGGGAUUUGAUUGAUUGAAGUGGUAACUGAGGACGCGUGUAGAAGCAUUUUAACACCUAGUAACGUGACUCUGGAGGGUGCAUAUGAUUGUUUCACAGUGUAAUCACAGCACACUCUAACCUAGAUACCACGACAAUAAAGAAAACAUUACAUAGCAGUGAUAGAAGCUUGCUAACGUGUGACAUGAAACUGAAUACUUGAACAGUGUGUAUCAUAUAGUGUUGGGACAUAAUACCAAUAUGGCAACAUAUUGUUAUCCUUAAUAUCUGUAUUUUAAACUACUGUACUACUAUUAACUUCUUAAUUGUUUUAUAAUAUAUCGUAUCCCAUAGUUGUUUUGUAUGCAUCAUAUCCUGUUGUAUUUGUAUUGUAUUGUGUGCAGUAUCAAGUUACCCACUGGUUUCAAUUGUGUAGGCCUGAUCAUCCUGAAUGCCUGGUAUGGAAAGUUUGUGUCUGACACCAGCCAGAAGCAGGAGAAAGCAAAGGUGAUCGACGUCACCGUGCCUCUGCAGUGCCUGGUCAAAGACUCCAAACUCAUCCUCACUGAAUCCUCCAAGGUGCGUGGGUUUACAUGUCCCAUUUGACUAACUAGAGAUCUGUACGCAUACAUAAAUAUUUUUUAUUUCGUUCUCUCUGUUCAGGCUGGACUGCCAGGAUUCUAUGACCCCUGUGUGGGAGAGGAAAAGAGUCUUAAAUUACUGUACCAGUUCAGAGGAGUCAUGCACCAAGUCAUCUCUGCAGACACCGAGCCACUACGGAUACCUAAGCAAUGUUAGUGUGCACUAUUUUUCUAUAAAUGCACACUGAUGACAAAAGUCUGUGUUAUAUUUAUGCAUCUAUACUGACUGAAACUUUUUUGUUUUGUUUUUCCAGCACACAGAAUUGAGUCUGAGUCUUAG